AUGUCUUUCUCAAAAGCUCCGCUGAAGAGAUUCAACGACCACGUGGGCUGUGCUCCUCCACCGGGGACGUAUGAUGUCAAACGUGAGGAACUCAAAGGAGCUGCGUCCUUUGAUAAGUCUGAGCGAUUCAGACCAGUUAAACAUGCAGCAGCUGCCACCACCCUUCUGCUGCCUCCAUCCCCUUCCAGGGCGGCCUUCAUGUCCCCUGUCCGUAGGACCAUGUCUGUGGACGCCCUGGCUGAUGGUGCAAGUACAAAGAAAGAAAAGAUGAGUGUCAAUCUGAAACAACAGAAACUCUUGGAAAAAGAGGUCAGAAUCUUGGUGCAGCAGCUGGGUGAGCAGGACAAGAGCAUACUGGCUCUCGAAGAAGACUUGAAGAAAGCAGAGGCUAAACUAUUGGCUGCGGUCAGAGAGAAGACUGCACUCAAUGCUAAUGUUGCCACCCUUGAAAGACAAAGAGCUGAACUUAAAAAAGUCAAUGAGUUUUUAAAGAAUAAGGUUUCUGCUGAUGCAUCGAAAAAGAGAAUCAAUUCUCUCACAAUGGACCUAAUGGAGGCCAGAAACAAUUUAGAUGCAAAAAAUAAGGAGCUAAAUGUCUUGCGUGUCAGCGCUGAAGGCCAAGUGAAGGCGUUAGAAACUGAUCUGAAAUCAGCAAAGGAAACUGUAAGGUCUCUAAAGGAGAGGAAUGUGGAAUUGGACAAGCUCCAUCAAGUUACAAGCAGGCAGUUUGAAGAAGCUGAAAACGAAAAUGAAAAACUGCAGAUUGUCAUCAGAGAACUUCGAGAGGAAAUUCAGGUGCUGCAGAGAUAUCUUGAUACCGCAAAUGAGCAAAUUCUGGAUCUUCGCUUGAAACUGGAGCAGACAGAUUGUAAGGAAACAGUAAAACAGCUCGAGUUAGAAAAGGAGCAGCAGAUUGCACAGCUAGAAGCUGCCAAAGAGGAGCUAAGACAAAGGGAGAAGGAUGCGCUGCAUUACCAGCAGGAUUUGGAUUUGUCAAAGGAUAUUUUACGGGAAAUGGAAAGGACACUGGAAAUCCAAGAAGCGGAGUUGAAGUCCUCUCAGAAGUGUGUGAAAGACUUGGAAGAGCAAAUGAUGGCUGUGAAUAAAGAGCUCCAGGCGUCACAUGCCACAGUCCGCCAGCAGGAGGCGGAGCUCUCCCGGCUCAGAGAAGUGCUAAGGCGAACGGAGAACGAACUGGAUGAGCGCGUGGAACAUCUGGAACAAAGAUGCCUCUUUGCUGAGGAGGACAGAAGCAAGACUCAGAAAGAAGGCCUUAGACGAGUGGAGGAGCUGAAAGCGGAGCUUAACUCUCUCAAAGAGGCUAAAAAAGAAGAGGAAAUGAGACUCAUUCAACUUCAAGAAGAACAUGCGGCCACCUCAGAGGAGCUGGGCAAAGAGAAGGCACUUGUGGACUCUCUGACGGUGCUGCUGAUGCAGGAGAGGGAGGAGUCUGAGCAGAAGAUGGGACAGCUGAAAGAGGAGAUGGAGGAGGUCCUGGGGGAGGUUGCUGUCAUGGAGGAAGAGGACCUGAGGAGACGCGACGUCAUCAUGCAAAACCAGGAAGAAAUUAUGAAGCUCCAGACGGACAACGUGGAGCUGGAGAAACUGCUCAGUGACACGAGGGAGCAAAUGCUUAGCAACACCAUUAACGAAGAUGCUUUGAAAGAGGAACAUUUGGCAGCCAUGACGGAGCUGAAGGAAGAACACACAGAUUCGUUGAACAAGAUGGAGGCCGCCGUCUCCGAGCUCCAGAGGCUUCACUCUGUCUCUGCACUCAGCACCAAAGAGGGCCUGAUUAAAAGACAACAAGAGCUAGAAGGCGAGUUGCAGAGCGUGACCUGUAAACUGGAAGCGAUGGACAAGGUGAUACAAGAGAAGGAAGAUGAGAUUACAGGAUUGAGCGCCAGUUUAAAGGAACACCUGGAGAGACUGGCGCGCGAGGAGCAAGCCAAGGAUGAAAACGCAAGGAAGUUGCUGGAGGUGCGGACCUGUCUCGUUCAAAAAGAAGACGAGAUGAAGGCGAUGAUGGAGAGUCACGCGGCUCUGAUCAGCCGGCUUCAGCUGGAGCUCGAGCAGCUGAAAGAGAAGGAGGACGCACUGGGGAUAUUUGAGGCGCAGACGGGCCAGACGAUCGCUCUGCUCCAAAACGAGAAAGAAAGCGCCUACAAACUGCUGCAGGACGCCACGCGGGAAAACGAGGAGAUCCUAAAGCAGGUCGAACGAGAGAGAGAGCGCGGAAAGGAAAUGGAAAUGGAGCUAAGCGUGGAAAGGUGCGCUCUAGAGGAAGUGAGGACGGAUCGCGAUUUUGUCAAGGCAGAAGUGGCCCAGCUUAAGACGGAAAUACAACAAGUCAACGAGGACAAAACACGCAUUUUAUCUCAACUGAAGCACUCUGAAGACACGCAGCUUGACCUUGAAAACAGGCUAAAAGCAGCAGAACAAGAUAAAAAUGAGCUCGAGGCCCGGUUAGAAGAGGCGGAAACGGGAGAGGUCUUCCAGAGUCAGGUGGCCGGGUUGGAGGAGGCUGUGCAAGGGCUACAGAGGGAGUUGGAAGAGCAUAAGCAGGAUGGACGGGCUCUAAAGGAGCAGGCGGAGGUUCUGACGCAGGAGAAGGUGACAUUGCAGUGGGAGAUGGAGGAGCAGAGGCGGGAGUUCAACCGGCAGAUUUCUGAAGCACAAGAGCAAAGUGCUGCGGAGGUAGAGCAUUGGAGGAGGCUGUACGAGGAGCUGCUUUCCAAAGUGGGGCCUUUUCAGGAACAGCUUAACGCUUUUGCCGCCGAGAAGAACACGCUCCUGAAUGAGAAGGGAGCCAAUCAAGAGGAACUCAACAAACUAUCCGACGCUUACGCCCGUCUGCUCGGUCAUCAAAACCAGAGACAGAAAAUCAAACACAUUGUGAAGAUCAAAGAGGAAAAUCUGACUCUCAAACAGGAGGUGUCUAAGCUUCGCACGCUGACGUCUCGGCAAAAGAGUGAGAUGGAGCAGCUGAAGUUGAAGCUCCCCGGGGCUCAGCGCAGGUUUGAUCCCAGCAAAGCAUUUCAACACGACAAGGAAAACAUGGAGGCCCCCACACCACUGAGAGAAGGUAAUGGUAAAAGCAAGAGGAGCCUCUCAAAUAACUAA